CGCUCCCACUGGCUCUGGGAGCGCUGCAGGGUUGGCUGGGGCCAGGGUGCCAGUGAAAUGAGCAGGUAGGAGCACUCCCAUCAGCACAGAGCCAGGCACUUCCCCAGCUCCAGAGCACCCACGCACCACUGAGGCUGCGGCCAUGCCUCGGAGCAGGGUCGCCGAGGUCUGCGCCGUGUGGGCAGCGUGGGCAGUGGGGGGCUCAGUGGUGGUAGGAUGUGCCAGUGUGGUGGGAGCCCUCGGCUGCUGGCAGAUGCACAGCUGGAUCCGAGGGGCCAGAUCCCCCAUGCACCAGCCCAUGCCCGUGGUGUGGGGACCCUACACUGCUAGCUGAGGGGCCCAGCAUCUCCAGAGGAUGGCAUGUCCCUCUCUAUCCCUGUACUUGCUGCCCCUGCUCUGUGCCAGCAGCGGGAAGCUGGGUCCCUGCUCAGGUGCCCCUUUUAAUCAUUGACUGCAUUCUCUCAGCAGUCAGGAGACGUGACUCUGGCACCUUCCCUGCUGCCAUGCAGGAGUCACAGUCACGCGCGAGGCUUGGGCGCAGCCAGCAUGACCAGGGUUAGCAGUAGGGGGCACAGCUCCCCAGGGAUGUGGUAGGGAAGAGCCUCUGGGGUCAUGCUCAGGUCUGCUGAGACCAUGUUCUCAGCCAGGAUCCUCCCCUCGCCAUGGGGACAGUAGCCCACAGCCAUGCUGGCAGACCCCUGCGUUCCCAAAGCUGCCCUCAGCCUGUUCUGAGGAAGCACCUGGCAGAGCCAGGGUGGGGACGGCAAUAUACCGAAUGCCACACACUGGGGACAGGAGCCAAAGCACUCCUGUCUCCCGGAAGGUGAUGCUGACUGUGUGGGCUGGAGCCACUGGCGCUGUCACCAGCAUGCUCACUCCAGCUGCUCUGCUGGCUGGGGGCAGCCCCAGCUGGAUCAUCCCCUCAGCAGCCAGCCAGGCACCCUGGGACUGAGGCGCAACUGUGGGCAAACCCACUGGCACCCACGCUGCUCCCCACAGCUCUCAUCUUCCUCUGUGGUUUCCCCCUCAUCUCCUGCCAUGAGCCCAUUUCUGGACUCCUGUCUGCUCCUGUCCAGCUGGUCUGCUGCAGCCCCACUGCUGGCAUCCACCCUCACACCCUCACAGUGCCAGCUGCUCACUGCCAGCACCAAGGUCACCCCACGCUGAGGUCACCCUGCACUAGGGCAAAGCCAUCACAGGGUCAGACCAGGGCAAUGACCCUCAAGGACAACACUGGCAUGGGAACUGCAGCUCAGCCAUGGCGGGACACCAGGUCAGCCCCUCCCUGACAGUGGGGACAGUGAGCCUGGGUGUGCAGUGUGGGAAUGGCAGCGGUGCUGCUGCUCCAGGGAAGCUGCUGCUGGGUCCAGGUGGGCUCUGUUCCUGCAUAUCAUCAUGCAAGGACAGAGCUUCCAUUCCGGUGGGCAGCGCUCCCACCUCCCAGCCAUUACCACCCCUAUCCCACCCCACCACCACGGCAUCCUGUCCCAGCCCUGGCUCUGGGGCCACUGGGCUGCAACACAGUUGCCUUGAUUCGUGGCAUCCUAAGUCAGCCCAGCCCAGCUCCCUAAACAGUGUUACCACUGGGACCCAGAGUGGGAGCAUCCCAGUCAGCCUGAGCAUGGCCAGGUCCUGGCAGCUGCCUGGCAGGUCCCCAUCCUGGAGGGCACAGGGACAAAGACUGCCCUGCUGAUCUCCUUGCUGCUCCAAGCCUCUGCCUAUCCCCCCGUGUUGCUCCCACUGUGGUGACACACGGCACAGUGGUGGGGCAGGAGCCUGAGCCAUCUGUGCAGGCUCCUGUUCCUGCAUAAACACCCAGGCAGGGAGGGGACCACAGGCAAAGGCAAACAGUUACUGAUUUACUGCCACGCCACCGUGCCACAUUGUUGACUGUGGGGUUAAAUUACCUGGAGACGGACCCCGCCAGAGCAGACACCAGCUCGUGACUCAGGCAGGGAUCAUGUCCCAGCCCCAGGCACCCCGGCCCAUGCAGGUUUGCAGGAUGCUCCAACUCGGAGCUGGGGCUGCCUCUGCAGACUCUGCCAGGAGCAAGGGCACAUCACCAGGGACAGGGCAGGUCUCACCCUCCUACAGGAGGCUGUGGAGGAGAUGAGCACUGGCAGAGUUGGCAAACUCUGAGGUGAGCAGGGCAGCCACGUUGGGUGGGCGAGCUGGGCCCGACCAAACCAGCCCUGGCUCGACACUGGCAGGCACCGUGAAGUGUCCUGGCCCACCAGACAUGUUCUGGUCAGGGUAUCCUGGACACACCGAGGGGUUCCGGGGUUGUACAGUCCCAGCACCAAGUCCUGGAGCACUGGGUGCAUUUGCCAAUGGUUUAUUCCCCACCAGCCACUUGCCCAUCCGGUGCUGCCAGACAGUCUGUCCGCAUCCCUGGGGCUGUGGGAGACUGCAAGGAUAAUGGGGGCCAUGGGAUGAGAUGGCAGCCGGGCAGAGCUCCCAUGGCUGCUCUGGGGAAGUGCAGGGGAGCCCUGGGUCGGGUGUCUGCCCAAGGCACAGACAGCCUGGAGGGCCCUUCAGUUGAGGACCCAGAGCAGGAGGAGAACAGCGUCUGGAACAGGAGCAGGAAUUGGGUGAGCAGCAGCAGAGCCGAUCUGCAGCCCUGUCUGCACCAUCAGUUCCUCCCAGCCUCUGGACACUGGUGACCCAGGCCAGGGGCUCCAUUCAAGCUCAUGACUGUGGCCAGGGCGGCACAGGGUGAGUCCAAGUAGGGACAGGUCGUGCCCUGUCCCUGGUGCACCCGCGCCUGCUACGCUGCCCGCAAGCAGUACCACUGCAUCCCCAUGGCCGAUCCCUGUGUGGGGCCAUGGCAGCCCAGCACUUCAGUGGGAUCAGUCUGGAGCUGUCUGGGGUCCAGCGUGCAGGGGCUGCAGCCGGUGGUGGUUGGCUGCCAUUCCUGCCGGGCGAGUUCUCAGCAUGGCCGCCCGGUCUCCUCGAGGCUCCCCCUCCCUGGUCGGCAGCCAGGAGCGGCAGAUACCUGAUACUCGGGUUGUGCAAGCGCGAAGGGGGAGCCUGGCCCUGCCCGGCCCUUGGGAACCACCCGGAAGGCCGAGCCCGCCGGCCCCACCUGGAGAGGAGCUUAAAGGCCGGCCGGGCGGCCGCAGCGCAGCGUUCCUGCACCAUGCCCACGGCCCGCAGCGUCCUCAUCUUGGCGGGGCUCCUGGCUCUCUGGGCAGAGCUGCCGGCAGCAUCCGCCCAGAAUGUCACCACAAAAGCCGGCGUGUGCCCGGACCCGGCGACGGAUGCGGUGAACUGCACGGUGGGGUGCCAGUCCGAUGGCGACUGCGAGAGCACCCUCAAGUGCUGCCCGGCGGCCUGCGGCAAGGCCUGCCAGAAGCCCGACGACAAGCCUGGCACCUGCCCACCCGUCAGCCCGGGCAUCCCCAUGCUGGGUGUCUGCACCAACCAGUGCAAGUCUGACGCCAACUGCUCCGGGAACCAGAAGUGUUGCAGGAAUGGCUGCGGCAAGGUCUCCUGCGUGACGCCCAUCCACUGAGGCACAGCCACCUCCUGCCAGCCCAGCCACGGGGAAGCUGCUGCCCAACACCCAUCCCGCUCACCCUGGCCGUGGCCCUGCAUCAUCCCCCUGGCUUGGAGUCUUCAGCCUCAGCUUCCUCCCCAGGGUCCCCUGCUCGGGGCGUGCCACAGCCCCCUGCACUCUGUCCAAUAAAGCAGCUUCUCCCUGCCA